AUGUACGAUGAGUGCCCAACUAACGAAGAGUACCUCCUCUGUGGUACAUCUUGCCCCUUCAACUGCACCUCACCUCAGGAUCCAGUGGAUUGUGUUGAUGACUGUGUAGAAGGCUGCUUCUGCAAGGCUGGUUUCUUGAGGAACGACAGUGGCAUCUGUGUUGAGGCUGAUCAGUGUUUGAAUGGAAAUAAAACACAAUGCGGUGAACACGAGGAAUUCUCUUACUGCGGGUGUCAGCCUACCUGCUCCACUCCAGAUCCUGUUGAUUGUGGGUGUAGCGUGGGCUGCCUUUGUAAAGCGGGAUAUGUGUGGGACGAAACUGUUAAUAAAUGUGUGAUGUUGGAUAACUGUACUGUUGAACAAUGCUUCAAUGAAAAUGAGGUCUUCGAUCUGUGUAAUGCGUCGUGUGAGCCAUCAUGUAUCGAUCCUGAGCCAAUCUGCUCUAAAGCCUGCACGUCAGGAUGCAUAUGCGCAAGUGGUUUGCUUAGAGACGCGGAUAAUAACUGCGUUAGUGUAGACAAAUGUCCAAGAAAUGGGACAGUACCGGGGCCUUUGGGGAAGUACUUUGAUACCAUUAGUAAGAUUUUACAUUUAUCUAUUGUGUAGUGAAAUAUUGUACGACGUAUAUAAAAAUUGUACAAUUUUAAGUAAGUAUGUACAAUUAACGUUAGGAGUCCAUUGUUUGACUGAUUUACUUAGAGUUUCAGCUAGUUUGAUUAAUACAGAGUUUUUGUUAAUUCGGUGUAUUCCCGUUUGCUGAUAGUACUGUUUGUGCAAAUUUUAGCCCCCAUAUGUAUGCGCUAAGGUAAAAAUAUUAUCGUGUUUUUUUUUUAAACGAUCAUGUAAAAUAUUAUUUUUUCUCAUGACUUAUAAAAAAAUAACAUUGGUUUAUAUCAAUGUUAUGAAAACAAUGAUCGGUAUUAAUUUUAAAAUGCCAGACGAAAAGUGAUAUCUUUGCGAUUUUUGUUUGAUCUGCUGAUCGAAUGACAAACAAUCAUGAAACUAGGAACGUUAAAACUACAAAGUAUCUUGUCAAACCCUAUCACCUCCAGAAGCGAAUACGUCAAAUUACCAAUGAUCCAAUAUUUCUCAAAUAAUAUACGAAUUUAUAGAGUGAUUUAAAUCACUCAAUGUUAACUACACAGCCUUAACAUAUAAUAAAUAAUAUAAUGAAAAGCAACACAUUAUGGAAAUAUAUACCUUAUAUAAAUUAUCCACGCAUCCAAAUCAACACUUUUUUUACCCUGAAGGCCUGGAGUUAAAAGCUUCCAACCCCGAGGCCCUCUUUUAUCCUUGAAGGUAAACAUUGCCAGAAGUCUAGCAUAUCUUGAAACUGUAUACGGGAUAAAAAGCUGAUCACCUACUUGCAUAAAGAAAAUUUAUAGAUGAAAGAAAAAAAAUCUUCUCCAUGCCCUAUAUAAGGCCUACAAUUAUAUUAAAUAGUUACUAAGCAAUUUCGACGACUAGACAAGUUAUAUAGUGUAAUUUUUGUGAAGUAUAAAAAUUAGAAUUAUAUAUAAAAUAUAUAUUUAGCAAUGUAGAUACAUAUAGUUGUAAAUAAAAUAUUAUUAAAAUAUAAACGCUGACUGGAGUUUCU